AUGGCUAGUCCCAUUCCACCAUCAAAAACGCAGUCUCAGACAGUUUUUGAAAUGGGUUUAGCUGCAGCAAAACAUCUUUUGGUUGGCGUUUCAGGUUUCGCUUCUCAUUCAAAGAGGAAGCUUCGUCGUUGGACUGCCUGUUAUGGCUCUAGAGAUCAUGAACCUGUUAUACAUCUCCAAAAUGACAUGACGAUGAUGAUCAUGAACAAUGAGCUAGACAACGGCGAGCCGAGCAUGCUGCUGAGUGGGGAUCAGAGACGUGGUCCGUUGUGGCAGAAGAACAUUCUCAUGGGUGGAAAAUGCCAGCUUCCAGAUUUCUCAGGGGUUAUCUUGUAUGAUUCCGAUGGACUUGUUGUUCCUCCGGCCAAGAACUCUCUUCCUCUGCUCACCUGGAAGUAA